AUGCGAGACGACGAACGUCGAGCGCUGAUCGAGGGUCUGCGCGCCGAGCACGCGAAAAUCAGUUCUUCGUAUCAGAAACUUCCCUUCGUCGUGGACACGCCGAACAGGCGCGCGCGAAAGGAGGCGCACGAGCUCAAGCUCGCGCGCAUCGAAUCCGACAUCAACCUUCUCGGCGCGCGAACGGUGUUCAUCGAAGGCUGA